GAGGGAAACGGUUUAUUCUUGGGUUUUGGUAAGGGAAACGGUUUAUUCUUGAGUUUUGGUGAGGGAAACGGUUUGUUCUGGUUUUCCUCUUUUUGGCAGCAUUUAAAGCACGCUGGGGUUUAUUGUAUUCCUUGUGGAGAGAGAACUUUUUUUUUAAAAAAAGUAAAAUAAAACCAAAGUCCUGAAAAUGGAAGAUUAAAUAUGGGGGAGGGGGAGUUGGGACACAGCAUCUUAUUCUUUAAUUCUUUCCUUUAAAAAAAUCACAGAAUUUCAAGCCUUUGCUCUGCAGGCAGAGUGAUAAAAUGUCAGCAGAGAGUUGCGUGGAUGGGAAAUAAGGGAACUGCUGCACGCCACGGGAUUUCUUCCACUUCCACCGCCUGCCGUCGCUUCCCAACUCAGUUAUUGCAAAGGAGGGGGUCUUGCCCUGGCAGGGCUGCGUACCCCCGUAGUGCCCCAUGCAUGACUUCAAGGGGAAUGACGAUGACCAGCCUUCUGCCUUCAGCAGGGGACGGAAACUGCUAUUACAUCCUGACAGAAGACUGUGCCUAUGGCAGCAAGUACUUCCAAGCUGGGAACAUGUGCUUCUGCAGCGAGAGAAGUUACCUGCGCAACUUCUCCGAUGACAGGCCCCCGGCUUGCUUCUUGAAAGUCAUCAUGCUGGAUGACAGCUCCACUGUCACGAUAAAUGUAGAAAUCCUUCAGCCUGUGCGCGAGGAGGCGGCUGUCUUCCUCCUGGCCAUCAGCAGUCACAACGAACGCUUGAACUACUUCUUGGAGAGGUUGAGCCUUGAAGCAGCUCUGCGGGCCGUGCCAGGCCAAAAAGUGAUGGUGGAGGUUGACCGGCAACAUCUCCCUGGUAUCAUCCGCUACAUCGGGAGCAUUUACAAAAACACUUCGGCUGCGCUGUCUCCGUUCUUCUUCGGGGUGGAGUUACAGGGCGAGGGAGAAAACAGAGGGCGCAGCGAUGGAUCUUAUCACGGCACCGAGUAUUUUAAGUGUAAGCGGAACUGCGGGAUCUUCCUGCCGUUUAGCAGAGUCCAGUUUACUCCCAUGCCGGACGAUGACUACGUGAAACAGAAACCAAAACCGGACAUGGAGGAGGAGGUUCCUGUGAAAGUGGGAGAUGCUGUUAGCUUCUAUGUGGAUGAGGUCCUCACAAAAGGAAUAGCGAUGGCAGUUUACAGGGAAGGAACCCAAUGGUUCGUUAAAGUUUGUCCGGAAGAAGAAGGAACAACUGACAUUUUCAGAGAAAUCCCUAUGGACUCUGUUGUGAAGGAAAGCUUGCAAAGUUUAUUUUCACCGUUCGAGUCCGACAUGGGCUUGGGACACCCAAACCAAAUGAAACGAGAGAUAAGCGAGAGUGGUGAGGAGUGCGAAAGUGGGAAUUCAUCCCUGGAGGUGAACUCCAUGGUCCAGAUCACCUUGGACAAGGGAAACCAGGUUUCGGGAAUCAUCCGCUGGUUGGGCUACCUGCCCCAAAUUAAGCACAAAAUGGCAGGAGUUGAACUGGAUGAAGAUAAAGGGGUCACUGCUGGCGAAUGGCUGGGCAAAUACUACUUCCACUGCGCUCCAAAGCGUGGCCUCUUCGUAAGGCUGCAGUCCUGCCAGCCCGACGUUCGCUUCCAGUGUUCGCGCAACAGAGGGCAAGAAGUUCUUCCACAGACUCCAGACAGUUUUCCUCCCCUCAGGAACGAGGCAGCAGUGCGUGUCCUGCGAGGGCGGAUGAAGGGGAUCCAAGGCCAUUGCAAUUCCUGCUAUAUGGACGCAGCUCUCUUCAGCCUCUUCUCCUGUACGUCUGUGCUGGACUCCAUGCUCUUCAAGCCCUUCCCGCUGUGUGACAGGAACGUCCAGAGCAUUCUGCGGGAUGAGAUUGUUAAUCCCCUCCGAAAGACUGGCUUCGUCAGGGCUAGGAGUGUGAUGCACCUUAGGGAGCAGCUAACUGAAAAGGGCCAGUGUUCAAGUUUUACCAAUGCUGAGAAAGAUCCUGAGGAAUUCCUCAAUCUCAUAAUGCAUCAGAUCCUGGGAAUAGAGCCACUCUUGAAACUGCAGUCAGGAGGCCAGAAGGAGCAGGACUGUUACUGUUACCAGAUAUUUAUGGACAAACAGGAGGAUCUGGUGGUUCCUGACGUGCAGCAGUUAGUGGAACACUCCUUCCUGUCCUCUGAUCUGAAGCUAGUGGAGAUCCCGUCUUGCUUCAUUAUCCAAAUGCCGCGGUUUGGGAAGGAAUAUAAAAUGUUCAGCAAAAUCAUUCCUUCCUUGGAGCUGGAUAUAACAGAUCUGCUGCUUGACAGUCCCAGGGAGUGCUGCAUGUGUGGCGACGUUGCCACCCUGGAGUGUUCGGAUUGUUUCAAGGACAAGGUAUUCGCAGCUACGGGCUUGAAGCAGUUCUGCAGUUCCUGCUCCAGACAGGUUCACUCCCACUACCGACGCAAAACGCACAAGCCAACUAGGCUGCACGUCCCAGAAGAGUUUCACAGCCGGAGCCCCCGGGGCAGCCAGCAGGUCCCUCGUGAGAAGAUGGAGCUCUUUGCAGUGCUCUGCAUCGAGACCAGUCAUUACGUCUCCUUUGUGAAAUACGGCCCCGAGAACGAGGACUGGAUGUUCUUCGACAGCAUGGCUGACAGGCAUGGUGAUGAAAACGGCUUCAACAUUCCCACGGUAACGCUGUGCCCUGAAGUUGCCAAAUACCUGGACUUGCCACUGGCUGUGCUGGCCCUGGAGCAACCUCGAGACAUGGAUGGAGUGGCCAAGCGGCUCUUCUGCGAUGCCUACAUGUACAUGUACCAGAGCAAGAAGAUGGCGCUUUACAAAUGACACUGCCUUGGGCUGGUGCCGCAGAGCAGCGAGGCGUUGGAAACGUGAGCUUGGAUCAACUCUGCAGCUCAUAAUCGGUGAAAGCAGCCGAGUCCGGGCGCACCGAGCUUGCGCUUCUGCCUCUUCUUACCUCUUCCAGUGUCUGGUAUCAAGCUGUCCACGUCAGCCUGUCUGGGUUUGUUAAAUCCUGUACCUGGCCUUAUGGAGCGAUAGUUUGUACUUCCACCAGACCUGGACUCUGAAUUAUUUACACUCAAAUUCAUUCUCAUUUCCUACCUUCCCUUUCCACCCUCCUUCCUCCCCAGACACUCCGCAGCUCUGCCCUACCUCAGAGUCCUCCCCAACAUCCUUUUCUCCCUUCCAGCCUUUCCCUCCAAAGCCGAGGACCAGCAUCUAAUCCAAACAUGACCAGUUAUCCUCAGGUUUGCAAAAAGCACAAGAAAACCACAGCCUCACCCUCUGUAGGACAUCGUCACGUGGACUUGCGGAGUGAGAAAACCAGGAAGUGUGAGCUGCACCAGUGGGGUUAAGAGAGGGGUCAGGACGAGGGUUUUUCUUGAGGUCUGGGAUGUGACCCCACACCUAAAGCUGGGUCCCUGAAUUGUCUGCACUCCCCUUAUCCAGCACUAAUACUCUGGUACUUUCACCCACUAUCCCUUAUUUCCAACCAUGAGAUUAACUGGGUGUCUUGAGCUGCAAAUAUGCUUUAAAAAUAUGUAUUUUUGUAAGAACAAAACUGGAAGAAAGAUGGAGCAGAGGAACAGCAUGUGAGCUCGUUAUGCUCCCUCUUUUUUGCAAAGUCUGCACUAUUGCUACAUGGUUGGGUGGUUUAACCUCACUUUUAGCACUUUCUAUCUCAUCUUUGCAUCCACUUCUGAGAUCUGUGCCAAAGCCCAAUAACAAUUCCAAGGGCAAAAAUGGAAAAAAAAAUGAGCACUCUUGGAUUUUCUGCUGUGACUGCAGUAAGGUUUAGGGUCUCUGGGUGGGAACUGGUAUUCCUUAAAUUAAAUAACUUAAAUUUGCAAAGUGGGGGUUCUCUGCCAUUAAACACAUGCUGUUGUGGGAGCAGGAAGCUGUUACAGGAGUCAGUGCUAUGAACUGGGUUGCCAACAUUCCAGAUUGCACUGUCAGGACACCAAAACCUUGAGGAAUGCAUCCAGGAGCCCCAGAUGUGCAGCUGUAACCUUCCUCCUCCUCUUUUUUCCUCUUUAAUGCAGGGUGCAGUAAGUAAUAUGUAGCCUGUAUCUUUAUAUCAGUCCUGUCGGCUUGGGCGACGCGCUACAUGUGGUUUCGGAUCUUUUUUUGCUGACAGCAGGGUUGUGAUGCUAAUGGGGACCUCAACAGCUCAAUAGCUGUAUUUGGCUUUCUGGUGUGUCCCUUAUUUCUCUAUGUGGUGGCUACAAAGGAGGCUGGUGUGUAAUGACCCCAGAUUGUUAACACACAGUUAAUGUUUUGAGAGCGUUGCUGUCUAAUUCAGCUUCCAAAUGUCCUCGCUGAGCAUUUGGGGCUCAGCACCAAGUUGACCACAAGGCAGCAAUGUGUCUUCAUGGUAGAGAAGGCGAACAAUGGUUCUGGGCUGCACUCAAAGUGUUGCCAGUAGGUCAAAGGAGGGGAUCCUUCCCAUCUGCCUGGAGUACUGGAUCCAGUUUGAGCUCCCCGGUACAAGAGAGAUGAAGACAGUCCAAUGAAGGGCCACAAAGAUGGUGAAGGGACUGGAGUAUCUCUCCUGUGAGAAAAGCUGAGAGCCCCGCAACUGUUCAGCGUGGAGAAGGCUUGGGGGAACCUUAGCAAUGUCUAUAAACACCUGAAGGGAAGGUGCAAAGAGGACGGUGCCAGGAUCUUCUCUGUGGUGCCCAGUGACAGGACAAGAGGCCCUGGGCACAAACUGAAACACGGGAGGUUCCUCUGAACAUCAGGAAACACUUCUUCACCUUUGGGUGUGAUGAGCACUAGCACAGGUUGCCCAGAGAGGUUGUGGAGUCGCCAUCCAUGGAGAUAGUCAAAAUGGUCCUGGGCAAAGCCAAAGCACUGGCAGUUGAAGAAUCUGUCUACGGGCAGGAGAGGUAGUGGCAGAUCUAGCAACGGUUCAUCCUGAGGAUGGGUUUACCCUGCUCCCGCUCGUGAGCUGGCUUAGUGAUCUCUGGCUGAUCCUCUGUGGCCGUGGAGGGGGCUGGAGAGUGCUGCUGUCUUGCUGUCUGUCUACUUAAAGUUGUUCUUCAUUCCUUCUCUCCUAAGAACUCAGGACAAGUUCUACUCAGGUACGCUGGGGGCUGGGGUCUUGUAUCUCUGGUGCUUCUGCUCUAAAAAUGUAAGUUUUAAUAGCAAACUGCUCUUGGUUUUCCUGGA